AUGAGCGCUGAAAAGGAACCGGAGUACGGCGGCGGGGACGAUGACGACGACGAGCGCGGGGAGAACGUUCGCGAGCAGGACCGAUUCCUCCCAAUCGCGAACAUCUCGCGGAUAAUGAAAAAAGCCCUACCCGCGAACGCGAAGAUCGCCAAGGACGCGAAGGAGACCGUCCAGGAGUGCGUCUCGGAGUUCAUCUCGUUCAUAACCUCCGAGGCGUCGGAUAAGUGCCAGCGAGAGAAGCGGAAGACGAUCAACGGCGACGACCUCCUGUGGGCGAUGUCCACGCUAGGGUUCGAAGAGUACGUCGAACCGCUGAAGGUGUACCUGCACAAGUACCGAGAGACCGAGGGCGAGAAGGCGGAGAAGUCGAAGGCGGGCGCUAACCCGUCCAACGCCGCGCAAGGGGACUUGCUGUCGUGA